GUUUUGUUGUGAACGCCUUCCUCCGGAGAGGGAUGGAAGAAUGUGAGAGGUACAGCGCGACGGAUCACAAGCUGAAGAACAUGCAGGAGUUUCCAAAUGGUGAGCUGAAGGAAGGACAAUUUUCAGACCAACACUGUCCCCUAGAGGUGGUUCUUCCUCCAGAGAAGGCUGAAGGCUGCGAAAGCUACUUGCAGUACCUGCACUCAGAGGACGGAGAGCGAGAGAUACUCAGAGAUGCCACCAAAGCACCAGGGAAGAAACGCAUCAGUCUGGAUGACUUGGAGUGUGAUGUAUCUGUGGAGGAUGACAACCGUCAGGAGUGGAUCUUCACGCUUUAUGACUUUGACAACAGUGGGAAAGUGACGAAGGAGGACAUGUCCAGUCUGAUGCAUACCAUUUACGAUGUGGUGGAUGCCUCUGUGAAUCAUUCCUGCCACAAUAAGAGCAAGACUCUGCGUGUGAAACUGACUGUCACCCCAGAGCCCAGGUGCCACAGAAGAGAUACAGGGACAGAUCGCUGUCACCAAGAGGAGGGCCGAUCAGCUGACAAGCGGCUUUCCUCCUACAUCAGCAACAAAGGGCAGAACAAUGAGGCGACAGCCACUGAGGGUCAGCAUUACUGUGUGGAUGAAAACACAGAGAGGAGGAAUCACUACCUAGACCUGGCUGGUAUAGAGAACUACACUUCCAGAUUUGAAGGGACCACCCCUGCCACACCGCCCCAGGAGGCUCACAACCGAAGCUGCCAGAGCCAGAGCCGCUCCCGCUCCCAGGAACCAGAGCCCCAAGUUGUUCACCAGCGCCGCUCACAGAUCAUCAGUGAUAGCUACAACCCUACAGAGUCUCGAAGCAAGGGCACACAGUUCCUCAAAUCCCCCAAAGGAACCUACAAGGGAGGAGGAGGGAACAAUGGAGGCAGCGGAGGUGGCAAAUCUGCUAAAUGUCACGGUUACCACCUUCCCCUGCAAACCAUGCUGCACGGAGGUCAGGAUGUCUACCACAUGCCACACCAAGCCCAGCCCUCCAGUCACCACCAGCACCCUUUGCAAUACAGUCACAGCAAACGCCUUAGGGCCAAAGCCCGAGAGGCACUGUCCCCGUCCAAAACCCCGCUGUCCCCUCAAUCCCACCCACAGCAACAACCCCCUGUGCCGUCUGUACUGCCAACCCUGGAGAGAGAGCAGGUAUCUGGCCCACCAGGGAGUCCGGGGUUUGUGGUUCCUGUGGUCCAGCGUCAUGAGCACCACCAUCACCACGAACACCACCACCACCACCACUACCACCAUUACCACCAGACAUGACCACCUUCAGUGUGCAGUGACUGAAACUGUACAGGACCAACCACAACACACACCACACCAGUCUGAAGGACUUAACGUCAUCCCAUAGGAGUGUCUCACACUCUGUCCAGGAUCUUUUUACUCUCCUCUUGAAAGCUAUACAGAUAUAUCCUGAGAUUAGAUGUACUGAGGAAUCCUGUAGUGUGACGGCAGAUGAUAUUGGACUGGAAGGAUGUUUUUUCUGAAGUUAUUGUGUAAUAACAAAAGAUGUGUGGCACAGUUUUGAAGUUUAUUGUAGAUUUCCUGCUGGGACUGCUUGCGAUCGUCACCCAUUUUUUCAGUAAGGGUACAGAUACCAAAAAGCGGCAGACCUCUUGACGCUGUUGGUUGAAGUCCCUGGAAGCUAUUUUUCAGAAUAGGUGUGCUGUUCUGUGUGAGACCUUUCCAAAACAUGGAUCUCAGGUGUAAAGGUGCUGCUGCUCUCAAGCUUUUCACUGAGGCUUCUUCGUCUGGGAGGCCCUCUAUGGACUGAGGGGUUUCCUGUUUGGGGAGGGGGGGAUAUGAAAUCACCACUGCCA